AUGACGUCUGCUACCAUUCAAAAUCUGCCGGACCAUCAAGUGUUUCUUAAUUUCCGAGGAUUUGACGUGCGCUACUGCUUCAUCAGUCAUCUGGAGAAGGCGUUGAGAGACGCUAAGAUCACUGUGUUCGUGGACGAGGAUGCGGCCAGAGGAGAAGAUCUAACCGUUCUUUUUCAACAGAUCGAGAAAUCAAACAUGGCAUUAGUCGUGUUCUCGAGAACGUACAUGGAAUCAGAAUGGUGUUUAGACGAGCUAGUGAAGAUCAAAGAACGUGUUGAUAAAGGCAAACUUGUGGCCAUUCCCAUAUUCUAUAAGGUCGACGCAGAUGAGUUAAAAGAGUUUCUUGAUAAAGCAUGUGAGACUCAUGGCAAAGUGUAUGCGACUCACAUCUUGGAGAAAUGGAAGGCGGCACUUGAGUGUAUUAAGUCAAAGAUGGGCUUGACUCUGGAGAAUGGGAAAAAGAGCAAGGAGGCCGGUUUUAUCGAGAUAAUCGUCGACCAUGUUAUGCAAAGCCUCAAGAACGUUCCACCUUUGGAAGGAGAAAAGCCUGAAAUGGCUUCUCCCUUUGGCAUCGAGCAUCGGAUCAAGCAAGUCGAGGAAAAGCUGGAUUUUGAUCGCUGCGACAAAACUCGAUAUGUCGGAAUCGUUGGGAUGCAUGGUAUCGGAAAGACCACUCUCGCGACGGAGCUUUUCAACAGGUAUGAACACAAGUUCUGUCGUUGCGUGAAUUUUCUGAACGUCCGUGAGAAGUUAAAGACGUAUGGCGCUGAUCGUGCUAGGAAGAAGUUCCUUGAAGAUUUACUACAGGUCACAAACAUAAGUGAUGAUGAGGCUACACAUGGUUGUUUAGAGAGUAAGCUGCUCUCGAGUAAAGUCUUUGUUGUUCUUGAUGAUGUGAGUAGCGCAAGUCAGAUAGAAGUUCUUCUUGGUAACCGAAACUGGAUCAAGGAAGGAAGCAGGAUUGUUAUUACAACCCGUGACAGGGUAUUCAUCACUGAGUUAGAUACAAACCCGUACGUGGUUCCACGAUUGAAUCUUGAAGAUGGGUUGAGGUACUUCAGCUUUUAUGCCUUUGAAGAUCACAUCUGCAAGCCCGAGAUGGGAAAUUAUAUGCAAAUGUCUAUAGAGUUUGUGGAUUACGCUAGAGGCAAUCCAUUGGCUCUCAGAGAAUUGGGUAAGGAUCUUCGUGGGAAAAGUGAGACUCAAUGGAAAUCGUUGCUUCAUACACCGGCGAAAUGCCCCCACAAUAUUAUUCAAAAUCUGUUAAAGAUCAGUUAUAGUGAACUUACUCAGCAGGAGAAAGAUGUGUUCCUUGACAUAGCGUGUUUCUUCAGAUCAGAGGAUGAGUAUUAUGCGAGAAGCUUACUGGGUUCUGGCCAUAGUGAGUCCGUUCAAGCUGCGAGGGAGAUAACUGAUCUUUCCCACAAGUUCUUUAUUAGUAUCUCUGGCGGAUGCGUAGAGAUGCAUGAUUUACUACAUACAUUCGCCAUGGAACUUUGUUCAUCAACAUCUUGUGGAGUUAACCAGGAGAAACGUAGGCUGUGUAAUAGUAACUACAUUGUCGCCGCGCUGCAUGGCAAAAUGGAAACCAAUAAUGUUAGAGGCAUUUCUCUAGACAUGUCUAAAGUAACGCACAUGCCUUUAAAUAAGUUGGUCUUUACCAACAUGUGCAAUCUCCGCUACCUUAAACUCUACAGUUCUACCUGUCCACGGGAGUGUAAAAGCGACUGCAAAUUAAACUUCCCUGAUGGACUUUCAUUUCCGUUGGAAGGGGUCAGAUACAUUGACUGGCUGAAAUUCCCUUUGAAGGAACUUCCUCCAGACUUCAACCCGAUGAAUCUUGUUGAUCUCAGGCUGCCUUACAGCAACAUUGAACAAGUCUGGAAAGUUUCCAAGGAGACACCAAAACUGAAGUGGGUCGAUCUUAACAACUCGAGAAUGUUGCAGAAAUUUUCAGGGUUUUCAAAGGCCCCAAAUCUUUUGAGAUUGAAUCUUGAAGGUUGCACAAGUCUAGAUUGUUUGUCUGAAGAGAUGAAAACAAUGGAACGUCUUGUUUUCUUGAACCUAAGAGGAUGCACAAGUCUUCGGUGUCUACCGAAGAUUAAUCUGAGUUCAUUGACGACUCUUAUCCUCAGUGGCUGUUUGAAGCUUCGUGAAUUUCAGCUAAUUUCAGAAAAUAUAGAAUAUCUGUAUUUAGAUGGAACUGCAAUAAAGGAUCUCCCGACUGACAUUGUGAAGCUUCAAAGACUUAUCUUAUUGAAUCUGAAAGAGUGCAGAAGGCUGGAGAAUAUUCCACAGUGUAUUGGAAAACUUAAAGCUCUUCGAGAACUGAUUCUCUCUGGCUGUUCAAAUCUCAAGAGUUUUCCAAAUCUUGGAGACACCAUGGAAAAUUUUCGUGUUUUACUACUUGAUGGGACUUCAAUAGAUGAGAUGCCAAAGAUAAUGAGUGGCAGUAACAGUCUAUCGUUUCUGCGGCGUCUAUCUUUCAGAAAAAAUGAUCUGAUCAGCAAAUUAGGAUCUGACAUCAGUCAACUGUAUCAUCUCAAAUGGCUGGACUUGAAGUAUUGCAAGAAUCUCAGAUCUCUUUCAACACUUCCACCAAAUCUUCAGUGCUUAGAUGCACACGGUUGUAUUUCCCUGCAAAUAGUCACGAGUCCUCUAGCCUUUCUUAUGCCAACGGAAGAUAUUCACUCCAUGUUCAUAUUCACUAACUGUUGCAAACUCAAUAAAGCCGCAAAGAAUGAUAUUGCAUCCCAUAUUCUGAGAAAGUGCCGAUUAAUCUCAGAUGAUCACCACAAUGAGAGUUUUGUCUUUCGAGCUUUGAUUGGGACUUGCUAUCCUGGAUAUGAAGUACCUCCAUGGUUCAGUCAUCAAGCCUUUAGUUCAGUGUUAGAACCAAAGCUACCUCCACAUUGGUGCGACAAUAAGUUUGUUGGGCUAGCUCUGUGUGCCAUUGUCUCGUUUUGUGACUACAAAGAUCAAAAGAACCGUCUUCUGGUUAAAUGCACCUGUGAGUUUGAAAACUUAGAUGCAUCAUACAGCCGGUUUAGUGUUCCUGUUGGUGGUUGGUUCGAACCAGGGAAUGAGCCGCGUACGAUCGAGUCAGACCAUGUCUUUAUCGGCUACAUAAGUUGGUUGAACAUCAAGAAGCUACAAGAAGAAGAGAACAAGAAAGGAUGUGUUCCUAGUAAAGCUAAGCUUAGAUUCGUUGUGACAGAUGGAACUGGUGAAGAGAUUACACAAUGUGAAGUGGUGAAAUGUGGGUUUGGUUUGGUGUAUGAACCUGAUGAUGAAGUUAGUAAUGUUGUUUCUUUGGCGGCGGCUGGAAUGAGUAUAAAUGGUGAACAAACCACUUUCACAUCUGAUAAAGGUGAAUGUCCAGUUGAAAGUCCAACAACAGCUAAUUCUACAAAAGGGAAUGACAUGUUUGUUCAGGGUAAUGUAUGA